GGCGUCGAGGACGGAGCGUCGAUGCGUCGCCUUUUUAAUCGAGUCGAGGGUUGCCGAGGAUUCGUUUGAAAGUUGUUGUGUUUGCGAAUGAAUUUUCGCGCGUACCGUAAUUAAUUGUCCGAGUUGCACCGGCGACGAUAAAUGCGGGUAACAAAAGUGCCCAUGGAUUUAAACCGGAUGAAAAAUUGGUUCGAAAACUAUUAUAUCCCAUAAUCGUGUGAUUUAAUUAUUGUAAAUAACGUUGCUGCAAAAGUUGUUUCCACACAUGUGAAAUAUAUGUGCAACUGAAUUAAUUCGUUUGGUUUGUUUAUUGUUGAAUUUUAAAUAAUUUGCGCUGGUACUUCUUUUUAACGAGUUUUAAUUCAAUUACGUGUCGGCUCUUUGGAUAAUUUUUUUAUUUUUUUUUUUAUUUUUACUAUUGUGAUGAAAACGACGAUUAUUACCGUGAUUUAACAAGUUCGAUGUAACGUAGAUAACAUAAUUGUAACAGUGUGUGCGGGAUUUGUUAUCUUCUCGGCUUUUCGGAUACAGUGUCUGCAAAGCACCCGACAUGGAUCGUCGAUGACUGUUGUGGCCCUUCAGCUAUUCUUCGGAAUCAGCCGUCUCUUCGUCAUGGGCGAGUCGAGACCCAAGAUGAUUUUCCUCGUCGUCGUUAUCCUCUGUUUCUGCGGAACAGGUGCCAUCGACAUAUCUCAGUGCAUCGCUCCGCUGGGAAUGGAGUCUGGGGAAAUUCGUGACUCUGAUAUAACGGCCAGCUCAAGUUUCGACAGUGGAAACGUCGGCCCCCAUCGUGGACGGUUACGCCAGGAGAGCCUGGGCGGUGCCUGGUGUCCGAAACAGCAGAUCACAACUGACUCCAAAGAGUGGCUUGAGAUCGACCUUCACACUGUGCACAUGAUCACAGCCACGAGCACUCAAGGUCGAUUUGGAAACGGACAGGGUGUCGAGUUCGCCGAAAACUACGUCCUUGACUACUGGAGACCGCGACUUGGAAAGUGGGUUCGUUACAGGAGCGCUCAAGGAGACGAGGUGAUAACCGGAAACACCAACACCUAUCUCGAGUCCAAGCGUGAACUGGAACCGCCGAUUUGGGCCAGCAAGCUGCGCUUUUUACCCUACAGCUUCCACCGACGAACGGUCUGCAUGCGCGUCGAGAUCUAUGGCUGUUCAUGGAACGACGGUAUCGUGUCGUACUCCAUGCCUCAGGGUGACAAACGCGGCAACUUGGAGUUCUUCGACGCUACUUACGACGGCCAUUGGGACGGAGUCCAACUGCUCCGAGGUCUUGGUCAGCUUACGGACGGACGCACUGGGGCCGACAAGAUCAGGAUGGGGUACUACGACGAUCGAAGACAGGGUUGGGUCGGGUGGAAGAACGACACCAGGUCUGGACACCCCGUUGAAAUCAGGUUCGAGUUCGACCAGGUUCGGGAAUUUUCCGCCGUUCAUAUCUACUGCAAUAACCAGUUCACCAAGGAUGUUCAGAUCUUCGCCGAGGUCAGCGUGCUCUUCAGCAUCGGCGGAAAGUACUAUACCGGUGAUCCGAUAGUCUGGACGUCGAUGGAGGACAAGAUAUUCGAGACCUCGAGGAACAUAACGGUCAAGCUUCACCACCGAGUAGGGAAAUUCGUCAAGCUCAGAUUCUCCUUCGCCGCUAAGUGGAUGAUGCUUAGCGAGAUUACCUUCGAUUCCGGUGAGUCGAUCAACCACCUACCCACUACCUCCCUUCCAACUUUGACAGAGUUCGUCACAGUCCAAUCGUUUGAUCACAACCGGCCCGGAAUUCCAGGCUCAUAUACAUACGUCGCCCACGGCAACUUCACCCCAGAACCACCACCGCCAACGGAGGCCGCGCCGCCUCUUCUCCGCGGCAAUUCCGCGCGAGACGUGCCACCCCAGGUGGAAGUUCCCGUGUCGACCGCUAAGCAGGACGACCCUACCUACAUGGCGGUGAUCAUCGGCGUUCUCACCGCUGUGAUCCUGCUCCUGGCGGUGGCGAUAUUUCUGAUAGUGUCGCGGCACCGGCAACGCAAGAACUUCGCCAGUCCGCUCGGAGCCAAGAGCUCGAUUCCCUCGGGUAACCAGCACCUUUCUCCCGAGUCUGCUUACGGCACCACCGAGAAGGAUCCCUCCCUCAUGACCUACAGGGUCGAGGAAGUAUACGACAGGUACGCCGGUGCCAAGCUUACCACUCUUCCGCGAGAGCUGAACGACCGGCUUCUCGGCGACGUCAGACUCGACGAGUACCAGGAACCCUUUCACGACAAGUACAGGGAACCCCCUCACGCCGCUUACUACGGCUACAGCACCGUCGUCAUCGACAGUAAAGACCUUCACGACAACGUUGAACAUUCCGAUGCCACGUACGACUACGCGGUGCCAAUGCCAGUUCCAAGUGUGAGCAGCGACCAGGACAGCGUAUUCUCCAAGUCCUCGUCACGAGGCAGCGCAAAGGCAUGCUUACAGAGCUUCUUCCCGCCGCCGCCGCCGCCGAUGUCAGCGCCACCACCGCGAGGCUCGAACAAUCUCACGUACUCGAGUCCCCCGAGUCCGGAACCGAUUUCGGAGCGCGAAAGACGGGGAAGCAAACGCAGAGAACACUCGCUACAUCGGUACGCGUAGAGGAAAAAUUUUAACCCUGAGAUCCGGAUCGUCUACGGACGGUCCCGAAGGACGAAGAAGGAUCUGGACGAGGAUUCGGACGUGACUGACCGAGUGCCGCUUAUCCUUCUCCUUUCCUCUCCCCCUUUCUCAACCACCAAAUUGUGACUUCCGAGGAAAGGUAAGGCAUGUACGGUGUUACUUCGAAAACCCUCUUCGUCGUUGUUUUCCUCCUUUAUGAUAGCGAAAUUAUUAUCGAUGUGGCGAGAAUCAUUCAACAAAGACUGACGUCGUAUCAUAUAAUAAUUAGCAAGCGUAUUAUGAGAUAUAAUUACGCGUGAUUUUUCUGUUCGAAUUUUCUUUCCUCUUCGCUAUAACGUUUUCAUAUUAUACCUGUAAUAUAGGUAUUUAUAUGUAUAAGAGAGGCGCGGAGAAAUUAAUAAUAGUAAGAUUAACAUUAUCGUAUAAGAAUAGUAAAAGUUAUGUAUCGACGAAUAAAUGUGUUAUAUUUAUUCCGGCAUGCGCUAUCGCGUCUGCAUUUAGCCUUUAUUUUUCACUACAAUCUCUUUUCUAGAUCUUCGACUAUUUUUUAUUCAUGCCCCCCCACCCCAUCAAUUAAGCUAGCAAGCGAUAUAUGAAUUACUGUGUAAGAUUUUAGAGCUAUAAAUAUAUAUAUAUAUAUAAAAAUCAUGUAUGUGUAUAUAUAUAUAUAUGGAAGAAAGAAUCGUGGUAGAGGACAAAAUUCAUAAAAUAAUCAAAAUAACACAGUAGUAAAAAAAAUAAAUAAAAAUAAUCGAUGAUUUUGACCAAUUUCCAUUGAAUAUUAUAAAACUACGCUCCGCGUAAAUUUAACCGAGAUCGCCUUGAAGCAACGAAGUAAAAUCCAAAAUCCAAUGUAUAAGGAUCGACAAUACAGGGAUGAGACAACAAUAACGAAUAAACAUUAUGAUAUACGAUUAAUAAAAAUGAGAAAGAAACGAAGAGAAAAAAAAAAAAAAUAUUUGAGACAAAAAAUAUGAUAAAAAAAAAUAAAAAACAAAAAAACAAAAAACAAAAAAAAAACCAAUAACAAUUUGUACGUGUAAUAUAAUGUCUACGUGUACAUGUUAUAUUGUAUUAUAACCCGACCACAUUGUGAUAACAUAUAAACGCGUAUGUAACGGUGACAAAAAUUCGAGCUAUAAAAAUAUGUAUUAUCGAACGCGUGAUCUAAGAACUUACAAUUAUUGAGAACGGUUUGAAUAAUUUUUACAACGAUUACAGGAUAUUGUAUAAUAAAAGAAAAGUGACGGGAUAAAAAAAGAAGACACUCCGAGAUAAGAUAGAAAAAGAUAAUUCCCCAAAUGAAAAAUGGAAAAUUGAAAAUUAAAUACACAUAUACAUAUAUAUACAUGUAUACGCCAAUUAUCGGUUCACCUGAGAAUAAAUUUUCUGCGUUUCUCAAUUAUUAUUGAAAUAUAAAUACGAUACACGCGACGCGUGCGUGGGAUAAUCUGACGCGGCUUUUAAAUACGCUUUUGUGUAAAUAUUUAUGCAUAUGUAUAUAUCGAUGAAACGAGAGCGCCCUGCACGAUAUUUUCACGAAAAUAUUCCGAUACCGCAUAAACGUCGCAGAGACGAGACGGUACGAGACGAGAAUACCGCGAUACACGUAUCAUUACGAUAAUUGAAGCUUAUCAGUCGACGUUCGUUCGCCCCAGGCGUUAAGUCAAGCCUCAGCAACAUAAAGCUACGUAUGCAAAUUGCGAACUGACUGAUUGUGAGGACUCGUCGCGCCGACUGCAUCGCGCAUACCUGGAUAUCUACGCACGUAUACAUACGACAUGUAUCAAGCAAAUAAUAAUAGUGAUAACGAUGAUGAUGAUGAUGAUGAUUUUGUCGCAAUAAUCUCUUUCUAUUCUUUCACUAGAUAUUUGUAUAUAUAUAUACGUGUGAAUAUUUUACGUACAUCCGUAAUCCUUUUAAUUAUCAAUAUUGCAUUUGAAUAUUAUAGCGCGGUAAUGAUACUUGUCAAUUUAUCCUGUGCACACUAAUUAAUCGGUAAUAAUACGCGCAAAGCGACGAAUUUGCGAUUUAUAUCGUACACGAAACGAUGUAAUUAUUAAUUAUAUACGCGAAUAGUGAUGAUAACAAUAAUAACAUUAAUAACAACAAUAAUAAUAAUAAUAAUAAUAGUAAUAAUAACAAUAAUAAUAAUAUUAAUAAUGCUCGUGUCAAUAAGAAGUAGUAUUACAUCGCAACUGCAGUGAUCACGCCAGAAUGAGGAUAUUUCGUAUGCAAUCGUAUCGCCUUGAAACGAUCUCGCAGUUCGGGUGAAAUUAUCAUGCUGGUUAACAACAUAAAUGAUAAUAAAAAUAAUAAUAAUAAUAACAACAACAAUUAUCAUAAUAAUAAUAUUAAUAGUGAUAACGCUAAUGGUAAUAAUAAUGAUAAUGACAUAAUGAUAACGAUAAGAGAUAAUAAUAAUGAUCAUAUGUAUAGAUUGAAUAUGGAUACUGAAAAUUCAUCUAUUCCUUUUUUUUUUUUUUUUUGCAAAAAUUGCAAAGUGAUUUGCAUCAACAGCCUGAUUAAAAAGCAUCUUGUAAUUGAUGUAUUACAACGCAUGCAGAUGUAACACGCGUGUUACAAAUUAUAUAUCAUGCAAUACUGUAUGAUUUCACGACGUAUUAUUUCGAAAAUGUAAAUAAUAAUGUAUAAUUUGAAUGCGAAUAAUAAUUAUCAUAGCUGAUGCGUGCUGCGAGAGUAGAGAAAAGAGGGGGGGAAAAAAAACAAGAAAAUCUUAUCAAUAAUCGUAUUACGUAAUAAUAUAAAAAUACACGACGCCCAAGAAAACGAUUAUUUCUUUAAUCUUGUAAAUAAUUGUAUUAUAUAAUACGCGUAACGAGUGGUAUACAUAUAAAUAUAAAUUUAAUUGAGUGUAAUUAUAUAUAUUAAACGAAUUUCAGGAUGCAUAUUUGAUAUUUGUGUGCCUGUAUAUCCUUUUGUAUGCUAUCGGAAAUAGAAAAUGUUAUAUUAUAUAUAAGUAUAUAUUGAAAACUGAGGAAAGGAAGCGAAAAUAAGAAUGAAAAUGUAAUAAUUAUCAGUACUGUACACACAUCAAAUUAUUAUUACUAUAAUUAUACUAAUUGUCUGAUGAUACACGGUCGAAUAAUUAUACGAACAAUAAACUGCUACGGUGAAUUAUCAGCAAGUUUUUCACGCAUCGGUCCGCACGUUAA